AUGAGGAUUCAUACCGGUGAGAAACCGCACAGCUGUUCGAAUUGUGGGAUGAAUUUCACCCAGAAAGUUAGUUUGCUUAAGCAUAUGAUGAUUCAUACCGGUGAGAAACCGUACAAUUGUUCAAGGUGUGGGAUGAAUUUCACCCAGAAAGGGAAUUUGGAUAAACAUAUAAGGAGGAUUCAUAGCGGUGAGAAACCGUACAGCUGUUCGGAAUGUGGGAUGAAUUUCGCCGAUUCAUGGAGUCGGCUUAGGCAUUGGAGGACUCACAUUAAUGAAAAACCGUAUGCUUGUUCUGUGUGCAAUAAAACAUUCUCGCAAUCAAAUAAUAUGAAACUUCACAUGAAGAUUCAUAACAAUGAUAGGCGCUGA